GCGGCGGCGCGGGCUCCGGCACGGGCUCGGGCUCCGGCAUGGUGCAAUCGAGACUCGUCCCGGGAGAGCGGGGCCCGUGCGCGGGGCCGGCGCCCGGGGAGUGGCGGCAGCGGCGGUGGCGGUGGUGGCUGCAGGCGCAGGCAGGCGGCAGGUGCUAAAAGCGGGGCUGGGCGAGGUGUGUACCCUCUGGGCUCCCGGGCCGCCGCCCCCUCACUGUCCGGGUUUGUCCUUCUUUUCGUGCUCCCCAGUGUGUCCAGCCCCCUGCCUCCGCGUCCCGGCCCAUGGCGCCCCGCGGUUGAGCCGGCGCCGCCAGGGACCCCUCCCGUGGGCCUCCCCGGGGCGCGCAGAUCCCGGAGCCGCCCGCCCAGCCUCCGCGGAGCCUCCCUCCCCUCUUCGCCCGAGUCGGGCGGGACCAUGGCCGCGAAGCUGCGAGCGCAUCAGGUGGACGUGGACCCGGACUUCGCGCCGCAGAGCCGGCCGCGCUCCUGUACCUGGCCCCUGCCGCAGCCCGACUUGGCCGGCGACGAGGACAGAGCUCUGGGCGCAGGGGUGGCCGAGGGCGCUGAGGACUGCGGGCCGGAGCGCCGGGCUACGGCCCCGGCAAUGGCCCCAGCGCCGCCGCUGGGCGCGGAGGUCGGACCGCUGCGGAAAGCAAAGAGCUCCCGGCGGAACGCGUGGGGGAACCUGUCCUAUGCCGACCUCAUCACCAAAGCCAUCGAGAGCGCCCCGGACAAGCGGCUCACGCUCUCGCAGAUCUACGACUGGAUGGUCCGCUACGUGCCCUACUUCAAGGAUAAAGGCGACAGCAACAGCUCGGCAGGCUGGAAGAACUCCAUCCGGCACAACCUGUCGCUGCACACCCGUUUCAUCCGCGUGCAGAACGAGGGCACUGGCAAAAGUUCCUGGUGGAUGCUGAAUCCUGAGGGUGGAAAGACGGGAAAGACCCCGCGGCGCAGGGCUGUGUCCAUGGACAACGGGGCCAAGUUCCUUCGCAUCAAGGGCAAGGCAAGCAAGAAGAAGCAGCUGCAGGCGCCCGAGCGAAGCCCCGACGACAGCCCUCCGGGCGCGCCUGUCCCUGGGCCUGUGCCUGUCGCGGCCAAGUGGGCCGCCAGCCCGGCCUCGCACACCAGCGACGACUACGAGGCGUGGGCCGACUUCCGCGGCAGCGGGAGACCCCUGCUUGGGGAGGCUGCCGAGCUGGAGGACGACGAGGCCCUGGAGGCCCUGGCGCCGUCAUCGCCGCUCAUGUACCCGAGCCCAGCGAGCGCGCUCUCGCCGGCUUUGGGUGCGCGCUGCCCGGGGGAGCUGCCACGCCUGGCAGAGCUGGGAGGCCCGUUAGGCCUGCACGGCGGCGGCGGCGCGGGGCUGCCGGAGGCCCUGCUGGACGGCGCGCAGGACGCGUUCGGGCAGCGAGCCCGCGCCGGGACGCCUGCCUACUUCGGCGGCUGCAAAGGCGGUGCCUAUGGCGGGGGAGGGGGCUACGGGCCGCCAGCGCUGGGCGCGCUGCGGCGCCUGCCUAUGCAGACCAUCCAGGAGAACAAGCAGGCCAGCUUCGCGCCGGCCGCCGCGCCCUUCCGUCCCGGAGCGCUGCCCACCCUGCUGCCGCCGCCGCCGCCCGCGCCGAGGCCCAGCCCGGUGCUGGGCGCGCCCGGGGAGAUGGCGCUGACAGGUGCGGCAGCCGCCUACCCCGGCAAGGGGACGGCCCCGUACGCGCCGCCGGCGCCCUCGCGCAGUGCCUUAGCCCACCCCAUCAGCCUUAUGACGCUGCCCGGAGACGCGGGCGCCACAGGCCUGGCACCACCUGGCCAUGCCGCCGCCUUUGGGGGCCCGCCCGGUGGCCUCCUACUGGACGCGCUGCCCGGGCCAUAUGCGGCCGCAGCCGCCGGGCCGUUGGGUGCUGCGCCGGACCGAUUCCCGGCGGACCUGGACCUCGACAUGUUCAGCGGGAGUCUUGAGUGUGACGUCGAGUCCAUCAUCCUCAACGACUUCAUGGACAGCGACGAAAUGGACUUCAAUUUUGAUUCAGCCCUGCCUCCACCGCCGCCCGGCCUGGCCGGGGCCCCGCCUCCUAACCAGAGCUGGGUUCCGGGCUGAGGACCGCCUCCUGCGUCCUGGGUGCCCGGGUCCCUUCCCCAGGGGGCCUCUGUCUUCCCAUCCUGAUCCCCGGGUCCCCAGCCCCAAUCCAGCUCCACGGGGAGGAUCCAGGAGGCAGCCCCAGCCCUGCUAAGACAUCCCUCAGAAGCUGACCACAGAGAGAAGAGAGAGGGAGGGGCUGGGGCACCCCACCUUUCCUGCCCCACCUCCUGAGACCCGCUCCCCCUC